UCACCCAGAUAAGCCUACUGUCCUAUAUUUAGGACAGUAGAAAUAAAAAAAAAUAUCAGAAUACCCUCUUUAUCUAAGAUUAUUUAGUCUUAUGAUUUGCAGUAAGAAACGUGUCAGCUUUAUUAGAAAAAAUAAAAAGACAGUUAUUUUAACAGUUUUUACCUUAUAUUUUACCUUAUAAGUAUGUAAUAAAAGUGCGUUGCAGACAUGGCAAAUGACAGACCGUUAGCUGCGCAUGAAAUUUUAGAUGCUUUAGAAAAUGUUUCUGAUAAUGAAGAAGAUUAUAGAGAACGACUGAUAUGUAUUCUACCUCCUCCUGUUGAUCCUGACUGUCUCACUGACGAAGAUUCGGGUGAAGAAGAUAAUGUAACUUUGAAUAAUUUGCCACGAAACAUUCUGCUUCAACCGGCUGAAGUAAUGAUUCAAGGGCAGAUUAUGGUGAGUGAUACAGAAGAAGAACCUUCUGAUUCUACAGGUCGAACUAAACGUAGGCGUAGGCAUACUCCAUGCGUAGGUAACGCAUGGAGAAAACGGGACUUGGCAAAAAAUCCCGUGAAUUGGCCAGAUGUUCAAGGCGCUUGCCAAGAUAAGCGCCCAAUUGAGUGGUUUGAAAACUUCUUAGAUGAAGAUGUUAUUUCGUUGUUGGUGUCAGAGAGCAAUAAAUAUGCUGUCAAAAAGAAUUUGCCUGGAAACAUAACCACUAAAGAUAUGAAAUGUUUCAUCGGCAUAUUGUUGGUUAGUGGUUAUUCAUGGCUCCCCCGUAGAAGAAUGUAUUGGGAAAACUCCCCUGAUACAAAGAAUGAAUUGAUCAGCUCGGCUAUGACUAGGGAUAGAUUUGACUUUAUUUUUCGCCACCUUCAUGUCAAUGAUAAUCAGGAUUUACAAGACAAAUACACAAAAGUACGCCCCCUAGUUACACUUCUAAAUAAAAAGUUCUUAGAGUUUUCUCCUCUUGAAGAGCAUUACAGUGUAGAUGAGGCCAUGAUCCCCUACUAUGGUAGACAUGGCUGCAAACAGCACAUAAAAGGUAAACCUAUUAGGUACGGGUUGAAAGCUUAGGUUGGU